AUGUGCGUGCGCAUGCACGAAUGUGUGAGGGGCACUGGAGCGAUGCUAACAGACAGCGGCCAGACACGGGCCGUUGCUAUGCGAUGCCGGGACCUCCAACCGGGAGCCGGCGGCUCCGUCUCUGCUGUUACCUGUGGGCCCGUGACGCAGCAGGAAGUUGGGCGUGGGGGAUCUGAUGGGGGUCCUGGUGGUGACGGAGGCCGUCCCGGUGCAGGAGGCGAGACCCCCCCUCUGUGGCGGGACGCCGGGCCUCCUCCUCCUCCACCCAACGCCAUUUCCCCCACCUGUGGGAGCACCGCAGGGGAGCAGCACCGGGGGGGCAUUCUGACUUCUUGUCACAGUCUCACAACCAGGUGCUGUAUAUUAUGGGAUGGAUGCCGCCACUGCUGGAGUAUUAUGGUCUGUCGAGAGGGGCCGGGAGGGGGGGGGUGUCACCAUGACAACGGGGUUGCUAAGGGGGCUGGGACUUCUGGUGGAAAGGGGAAGGAGUGUGCAAGCUGCGAGCCCAGUGCGUGCGUGUCUCGCAGUGGUAGUGCACCCACCACCCCCUCCCUUCCUGGACACCCCCGGUCCAUUCUCCACCACCAGUCCCACGUCAUUUUCCCUCCUCCCUCGUCGACCGAGGAGCAAGGUUUAGGAGGGAUUAAUUCGACCCCUAAGAAAUCAAAUUCAAACGCUGGGGAAAUGUCGUGCAGCGAAGAUGAAAGAGAAGACUUUGGAGCCGCUGAAGAGCAUUCACUUAUUCACGUUUCGACGACGAGAAAAAAACCGCUAAGUUUCAACCCGCGCCGUUGUGCCAUUCACGUCGAGUGUCUUCGUGCGCGCGUGCACGGGCCGUUUGCCAGCCGUGCCAGCGCGCGCUCGCCUGUUUUCCCCUCCGGCCUGCGGCGGCGGCGGAGCUCUCCUGUCCGCGUGUGCUUCCUCGCUCAUGCGCGCGUGUCUCCGGCAGAUGAGGACGAGCCGGAGGAUGCUGUGUCUGACGUAGACGAGGUACCCAAAUCAAAGAAGAAGAAGAAAGCCAAGAAGAGCAGCCGGGAGAGCAGGAGCAGCAAGAGGCAGAGACCUAUCCGAGAGGAGCUGCCAGUCAGUUCCCCAGAGCAAAUGAUUGGAGUGGAGGCAGCAGAGAGGGAUGCAGAUGAGGGAGACAUACGUUCAGAGAGUGAAGGAAGUGAUUAUGCCCCAGGGAGGAAAAAGAAAAAACGCUCCAGCUCUGCCAAAGACAAGAAGAAAGGAGGUAGCGCAGGAGAGAAAGGAGGCUCAAAGAGCAAGCGCAAAGAUCCAGACCCAGAAGAUGAGGAGGACGAUGACGAUGAUUGCCAGCCCAAAAGCUCCACCCAGCUGUUGGAGACCUGGGGCAUGAAAGACAUUGACCAUGUCUUUACUCAGGAUGACUACAACUCCCUCACUAACUACAAGGCCUUCAGUCAGUUCGUCCGGCCUUUAAUUGCAGCCAAGAACCCUAAAAUUGCUGUGUCCAAGAUGAUGACUUUAAUGAUGGCUAAGUGGCGAGAAUUCAGCACAAAUAACCCGUUAAAGGGUUGCGCCACUGCUAAUGCGGCCCUGGCAGCUGCCAAUGUGGCUGCAGCUGUGGAGAACAUGGUGGUUUCAGGGGCUGAUGGAGGGGCAGAGACUGGCCCUGCCACCUCCCCUUCAUCUGCCCCUACUCCUGCUGCCGCCCCCACGCCCGCUGCCCCCCCAGCAGCUCCGGCGCCUCCACUCCGCAAGGCCAAGACCAAAGAGGGAAAAGGUCCGAAUGCUCGUAAGAGGUCAAAGCCUGCUCCCAAGCCUCCUCCUAAACAGAAAACCAAGAAGGUGGCUCCGCUCAAAAUCAAACUGGGGGGACUUAACAGCAAGAGAAAGCGCUCCUCUAGCGAUGACGAUGAACCUGAUGUGGACAGUGACUUUGAUGACGGCAGUUUUUCGGUGUCAGACGGCUCCAACCGCAGCAGCCGACCUAAGAAGAAGCCCAAGAGCGCAAAGAAGAAGAAGAAAGUGGAAACUGAAGAUGGUGAUGGGUAUGAGACUGACCACCAGGACUACUGUGAGGUGUGCCAGCAAGGAGGGGAGAUCAUUUUGUGUGACACCUGCCCCAGGGCUUAUCACAUGGUCUGCCUGGACCCCGACAUGGAAAAGGCACCUGAGGGCAAGUGGAGCUGUCCGCACUGCGAGAAGGAGGGGAUCCAGUGGGAGGCCAGGGAUGAACUGUCCGAGGCCGAGGGGGAGGAAGAUGACGACAGGAGGGACGACGGGCUGGAGGAGGAAGACGAUCACCACAUUGAGUUUUGCCGUGUGUGUAAGGAUGGCGGAGAGCUGCUGUGCUGUGACACCUGCCCCUCCUCCUACCACAUCCACUGCCUCAACCCUCCUCUCCCCGAGAUCCCCAACGGAGAGUGGAUCUGCCCCCGCUGCAAGUGUCCCCCGAUGAAGGGCAAAGUGCAGAAGGUUUUGACAUGGCGCUGGGGCGAUCCACCUCCCCCCAUGCCCGUGCCUCGGCCAGCCGACCUGCCUGCUGAUGCUCCCGAUCCGCCACCGAUGGUGGGCCGAAGAGAGAGGGAGUUCUUUGUCAAAUGGUGCAAUAUGUCCUACUGGCAUUGCUCCUGGGUGAAGGAGCUACAGUUGGAGCUGAACUGCCAGGUGAUGUUCCGUAACUAUCAGAGGAAAACUGACAUGGAUGAACCACCGCCUGUGGACUUUGGAGGAGAGGGUGAUGAUGACAAGAGCACCAAGAGGAAGAACAAAGAUCCACUCUUUGUCCACAUGGAGGAGGAAUUCUACCGCUACGGAAUUAAGAUGGAGUGGCUGAUGAUCCACCGCAUCCUCAACCACAGUGUCGAUAAGAAGAACAAUGUACAUUAUCUGAUCAAAUGGAGAGAUCUGGCGUAUGACCAGUCAACUUGGGAGAGUGAGGACAUGGACAUCCCCGAGUAUGACACCUACAAGCAGACCUACUGGAAUCACAGAGAGCUGAUGGUGGGGGAGGAGGGAAGACCUGGAAAGAAGUUCAAGAAGCCAGUCAAGGUCAAAAAGGCUGAGCGCCCACCUGCUAAUCCGGUUGUAGAUCCCACCAUCAAGUUUGAUCGGCAGCCGGACUACCUGGACAGCACGGGGGGCACCCUGCAUCCCUACCAGCUGGAGGGGUUGAACUGGCUGAGGUUCUCUUGGGCUCAGGCGACAGACACCAUCCUGGCAGAUGAGAUGGGUUUAGGCAAAACUGUUCAGACGGCUGUCUUCCUCUACUCGCUGUAUAAAGAGGGUCACUCCAAAGGUCCCUUCCUGGUCAGCGCUCCUCUGUCCACCAUCAUUAACUGGGAGAGGGAGUUUGAGAUGUGGGCGCCUGACAUGUACGUGGUCACUUAUGUUGGAGACAAAGACAGUAGAGCUGUUAUCAGAGAGAAUGAAUUCUCCUUUGAGGGAAAUGCCAUCAGAGGAGGAAAAAAGGCCUCCAAGAUGAAGAAAGACUCCACAGUGAAGUUCCACGUUCUGCUGACAUCUUAUGAGUUGAUCACCAUUGACCAGGCUGUGCUGGGCUCCAUCGAGUGGGCCUGUCUGGUGGUUGAUGAGGCACACAGACUCAAGAACAACCAGUCUAAGUUCUUUCGGGUUUUGAACAACUACCCGCUGCAGCACAAGCUGCUGCUGACCGGCACUCCUCUUCAGAACAACCUGGAGGAGCUUUUUCACUUGCUGAACUUCUUAACUCCAGAGAGAUUUAACAACCUUGAAGGUUUUCUGGAGGAAUUCGCGGACAUCGCCAAGGAGGACCAGAUCAAGAAGCUCCACGACAUGCUGGGGCCGCACAUGUUGAGGAGGCUGAAGGCCGACGUGUUCAAACACAUGCCAUCGAAGACGGAGCUGAUUGUUCGAGUGGAGCUCAGCCCCAUGCAGAAGAAAUAUUACAAGUUCAUUCUGACUCGUAACUUUGAGGCUCUGAACACUCGUGGUGGUGGGAACCAAGUCUCUCUGCUCAAUGUCGUUAUGGACCUCAAGAAAUGCUGCAAUCACCCCUACCUCUUUCCAGCAGCUGCCACUGAGGCACCUAAACUCCCAAAUGGCAUGUACGAGGGCGCAGCUCUGACUAAGUCCUCUGGGAAGCUGAUGCUGCUGCAGAAGAUGAUGAGGAAGCUGAAGGAGGGGGGGCACAGGGUUCUGGUUUUCUCCCAGAUGACCAAAAUGCUGGAUCUGCUGGAGGACUUCUUGGAAAACGAGGGGUACAAAUAUGAAAGAAUUGAUGGAGGAGUCACUGGUAACUUGAGGCAGGAGGCAAUCGAUCGUUUUAAUGCUCCUGGUGCUCCACAGUUUGCUUUCCUCCUCUCUACCCGAGCCGGUGGCUUGGGUAUAAACCUCGCCUCUGCUGACACCGUUAUUAUCUACGACUCCGACUGGAACCCGCACAAUGACAUCCAGGCGUUCAGCAGAGCUCAUCGCAUUGGUCAGAACAGAAAAGUGAUGAUUUACCGUUUUGUUACCAAAGCCUCUGUUGAGGAAAGGAUCACACAGGUGGCAAAGAAGAAGAUGAUGCUCACUCACCUUGUGGUGAGACCCGGCCUCGGCUCCAAGACCGGUUCCAUGUCGAAGCAAGAACUCGAUGACAUUCUCAAGUUUGGAACUGAAGAACUGUUCAAGGAUGAAAUUGGUGAAGGGGACAACAAGGAGGAUGACAGCAGUGUGAUCCACUACGACGACCACGCAAUUGACCGGUUGCUUGACAGGAACCAGGAUGCCACCGAUGACACUGAGCUCCAGAGUAUGAACGAAUACCUCAGCUCUUUCAAAGUGGCCCAGUAUGUUGUCAAAGAUGAAGACGAUGAGGAGGAGGAAGUGGAAAGGGAAGUGAUCAAGCAGGAGGAAAGCGUUGAUCCUGACUACUGGGAGAAGCUGCUCAGGCACCACUAUGAGCAGCAGCAGGAAGACCUAGCCCGCAAUCUGGGCAAAGGCAAAAGAACUCGAAAGCCAGUCAACUAUAAUGACGGUUCCCAAGAGGACCGAGACUGGCAGGAAGAUCAGUCGGAUAAUCAGUCCGAUUACUCGGUGGCUUCAGAAGAGGGCGACGAAGACUUCGAUGAACGUUCUGAAGCCAACGCCCGCAGACCGAACCGCAAUAGGCUGAGAAACGACAGGGACAAGCCUCUGCCUCCUCUACUGGCCAGGGUCGGCGGGAACAUUGAGGUGCUGGGUUUCAACGCCCGGCAGAGGAAGGCUUUCCUGAACGCGGUUAUGCGUUAUGGGAUGCCACCGCAGGAUGCUUUCACCAACCAGUGGCUGGUCAGGGACCUGCGAGGGAAAUCUGAGAAAGAAUUCAAGGCCUAUGUGUCUCUGUUUAUGCGUCACCUUUGUGAGCCGGGAGCUGACGGAGCAGAGACGUUCGCAGAUGGUGUGCCACGCGAGGGUUUGUCAAGGCAACACGUGUUGACUCGCAUCGGUGUGAUGUCACUCAUAAGGAAGAAGGUCCAGGAGUUUGAACACGUCAACGGUCAGUGGUCGAUGCCUUGGAUGGCCGAGCUGGAGGAGAACAAAAGAGCGGCUGCUUUAGCUGCAGGUGAAGACCCCAAAACUCCUUCAUCUGGGACUCCUGCGGACACACAGCCCAACACUCCUGUCCCAGAAGAUUUGUCUAAGUCAGAAGACAAAGAAGAUGUGAAGAAGGAGGGAGAGGACGGCAGGGCAGCUAAGAAGGCUGAUGAUCCCGAGAUAAUUGAAAUCCCAGAUGAGUCUGAAAAAUCCCCCGUUCUUGAAAAGAGAGAGGACCCUGUUGCAGAGAAGGAGGAGAAACUUAAGGAUGAAAAAGAUGAAGGGAAGGAAAAGGAAACUGAAGAGAAAGACGAGAAGGAAAAGCCUUCAGCUGCUGCUGGGAAAGAUUCUUCCUCCAACAAGGUUGACGGUUCAGAGGGCAAAACUGACUCAGAGGAGGACAAGUCCAAAGCUGAAGAAAGCAAAGAUGAGAAGAUGGACACCACACCCCCUACAGAGGAGAAGAAAGAACAAAAAGAGGAAAAGGACAGCUCGAAAACAGAAGACUUAAGCAAACUGCAGAAUGGGGAGAAUGCCAAAGAAGGAGGAACAGCUGCGCCGGUGGUUAACGUCAGCGAAGAGAAGAAGAAAGCCACCAAACAGAGGUUCAUGUUCAACAUAGCUGACGGGGGAUUCACAGAGCUUCACUCUCUGUGGCAGAACGAAGAGAGGGCUGCAACCGUCACAAAGAAGACUUUCGAGAUUUGGCACCGUCGCCAUGACUACUGGCUGCUGGCUGGAAUCAUACAACACGGCUAUGCCCGGUGGCAGGAUGUGCAGAACGACGUGAGGUUUGCCAUCAUCAAUGAGCCCUUCAAAGGGGAGAUGAGCCGAGGAAACUUCCUAGAGAUCAAGAACAAGUUUCUGGCCCGCAGGUUCAAGUUGUUUGGGGCCUGUCUGUUGCCCUCACAGUUGCUGGAGCAGGCGUUAGUGAUCGAGGAGCAGCUGCGCAGGGCAGCCUACCUGAACAUGACAGAGGACCCAGCCCAUCCCUCCAUGGCCCUCAACACUCGCUUCAGUGAGGUAGAGUGUCUCGCCGAGUCCCAUCAGCACCUCAGCAAGGAGUCCAUGUCUGGAAACAAGCCUGCCAAUGCAGUGCUUCAUAAAGUUCUCAAGCAGCUCGAGGAACUGCUGAGCGACAUGAAGGCUGACGUCACUCGUCUCCCAGCCACCAUCGCCAGGAUACCCCCCGUGGCUGUGCGGCUGCAGAUGUCCGAGAGGAACAUCCUCAGCCGAUUGGCCAGCAGGGGCCCUGAGGGCCCGGCCCAGAACCAGUCACAGACCUCGCAGCAGAUGCAGGUGCAGCGCUGA